CCAUAAGGAUUCUGUUUUUUAAGAGUUAUUUUAUUUUAGCAAAACGGUGAUAAGCCCAUCUUUCUUCCCUAAAGCAAUGGCUAAUAUUUAACCACUAAGUCACAAUUUAUUUUGCAUAUUGACAAUGCAAAUGCUUGACUUAAAUUUUUAUAAAGUGUAAGCUUAUAAGCUGGGUUUGUUUUCCUGGCAGGGUGACAGUAAGUAAUAUCGGGCUGCAUACCAUGAUGUUUUACACAUGAUUUCAUUUAAUUUUGAAAACACUUCUUUGGUGGUUAAAGGAUAUGGGCCUUUGGUGUCAGACGUUCCUGGAUUCAAAUCCUAGGUUUAUCACUCGUUAAUUAUGUGACCAUGGGCAAAUUUCUUCUUCCCCAAGCCUCAAAUUUCUCAUCUAGAAAAUAAGGAUAAAAUAAUACCCAUUUUAUAGAAAUGUUCUGAGGAUUAAAUGAGAUAAUGCAUGUGAAACUUUUCGCACAGUGCCUGGCACAUAUUAAGUGUUCAGUGUAAGGCUGCAAUUAUAAGGAAGUUAAGGUUUCCCUGCCUGCCCUGAAUCGCCAUCAGAUGUUGCUAUUAGAUUUUUCAUAUAGGCAGCUGAGUCUCCCAAUACUGAUUCUGUCGUAUGAUUCUGUGCACCACACCCUAACACUCUUUAUAUUACCCCCAGAGAAAACAAAUUAUUUUAGAUACCUAUAAAUUAGCUGUGGUAUAUUUACCAAAGGGGGGAAAAAACCCCAGACAUCCUAUUCAAGUGUGAAUUCUAGUACAAUUUUUUUUCAGAUUGGUGGAGUCCACAUAAAAACCCACUACAGGGUUUUACCAUUUGAGUGUAGUUUCUUCUGGUUCCUUCCUUCUUCCCUGUCUCUUACCCUUUCUCAUAUUUUUAGUUGCCUUGCAUUCUUUUCCUCUUGCUUCCAUGAGAACUCUAUUUUCAGUAUAUCUAAAUGAAGAGCAUAAUUUAAAACUACCUCAAGUUGGAAUAUGAGUAAGAAUGUAGCAUUGAUCGCUUCUCUCCUUAGUGUCUCCAUAACUUUUCUGCCAGUGUUUGCUGAUUAACUUCAAUGAAUCUCUGGGGAAUUUCACAGUUCUUUCUCUAUUUCCUCAAAUUUCAUAUGAAGUAUCCCAACACAUAUAUAGAAUUUAACGGAAUAGUGUAAAGCUAUACUAUGAACAUAUUUAUCUAUUUGAUUGACAAAAUUUGCCUUCUGGCUUCAUGAUAUGUCCGUGGUUAUCUUAGUAUAACAACACUUUUAAAGUUACCUAACAUUGAGUAAAACUUACCUUCUGGGAGAUAUGCCAUAGUUAUUCUAUAUUCUGGCACAUUCCACCCCCAAGCCUAGCUCCCAGUUUGAGAAGCCUGACUUUAAUUUUUUCCAUCUAGAUUGUAAGGCUGCUCUUACUUCGGGGGAAAAAAAAAAAAGAUGCAGAUGAGACCUCCAGCUGUCUCCCAGACGAGGAAUCUUGGGAAACCAAAAUGAGACAUAAUCAGCUGUGUUGUGAGACACCGCCUACUGUCACUGUUCAUGUAAAAUCAGGGUCAAAUAGAUCACAUCAGCCUAAAAAACCCAUUAAUCUGAAGCGUCCUAUUUUUAAAGAUAGUUGGCCAGCAUCUGAAAAAAAUGCACAUAAUAGCAACAAGUCUAAACGCCCCAAAGGACCCUGUCUAGUUAUACAGCGACAGGAAAUGACUGCUUUCUUUAAAUUAUUUGAUGACGAUUUAAUUCAAGAUUUCUUGUGGAUGGACUGCUGCUGUAAAAUUGCAGACAAGUAUCUUUUGGCUAUGACAUUUGUUUAUUUCAAGAGAGCUAAAUUUACCAUAAAUGAGCAUACCAGGAUAAAUUUCUUUAUUGCUCUGUAUCUGGCUAAUACAGUUGAAGAAGAUGAAGAAGAAUCCAAAUAUGAAAUUUUUCCAUGGGCUUUAGGGAAAAACUGGAGAAAAUUGUUCCCUAAUUUCUUAAAAUUAAGGGACCAACUCUGGGAUAGAAUUGACUAUAGGGCUAUUGUAAGCAGGCGAUGCUGUGAGGAGGUUAUGGCUAUUGCCCCAACCCAUUAUAUAUGGCAGCGGGAACGCUCUGUGCAUCACAGUGGAGCUGUUAGAAACUACAACAGAGAUGAAGUUCAACUGCCCCGAGGACCUAGUGCCACCCCAGUAGACUGUUCACUCUGUGGUAAAAAAGGAAGAUAUGUUAGACUGGGAUUGUCUUCAUCAUCUUCAUCCAGUGAUACAGUAGAGGUGAUGGAAAAACAUUCUCAGGAAUCACACAAGUCAAUGGACGUAGUAGUCAAUCCUUCUCAAGCUUAUAGCUAUUCUCAAGCCAACGACCAUCAAUCAGACAAAGAAAAGAAAACUAAUUUUAUGAAGAAAGACAAAUCUAUGGAGUGGUUUACAGGAAGUGAAGAAUGAAAUGGCUCAACUAAACCAACUUGGAAUCAUUAACUACAAAAUGUCAAACUACAAGACAAGUGUCAAAAUGGGACAUUUAAAUUGUUUUGAAAUGUUACACAUCUUCCUUCAGCUUUUGUUAUUUUUUGAAAUUAUAUGUAAAAGUUAUACAAAUCAUAUACAAAAAAUUUCAAUCUAUGAAAGUAGUGUUUUGCAAUAUAAAGUUCUAUUGUGAUACCUUUCGUUCUUCACAUCAGUUGCUAUCCUCUGAGGUACUCAGUUAAGUUGUGGUUUAAACUUCCUCAGCUUGACAAGAAAUGCUAAUUUAAGGAGAGAGAAAAAAAGUAAGGUCAUUACAAUAAUUAGAAGAAAACACCAUUUAAUAUGACCUGAAAACAUCACUCACCUGUAUGACCAGUUUGCCAGUGUAUAGGUCUAGCAAUAUAGGGAAAUGAUCCAUAUGGAAAAUCCGAAUGUGAUUCUUCUGUUGUAGAACAAAAUAUAUAUUAUAAGCUACAUAAAAUAUGUUAUAAUUUGCUCACAAAACUGUUAAAAUACAAAUUACUGUUUCUUUAA